AUGGCCCUGGAGAAGUUCUUCAAGAUUAAGUUGUCCAUUAACUAUGUAACGCGGAUAAGGUCCGCGUACGGUUGGAUAAUCGCCUGCUUCACAGCCGUCGGGUGCGGCAUCGUGGCAGGUAUCCCCAUCUUCAGACAGAAAGGCUACAUGUACACUAGCAAGAGCUUUCUGUGCGCUUUCAACUACAAGGAACUGUUCUACAUUUCGACGCCAGCGAUCGGCUUGAACUGCGCGGCACACCUGGCUCUCGGCUACUUGGUUCACAACAUCAAAAAAACCCUGAACCAAACCUGCCCCUCCAUGCCGCGUCGUCUCAAUCGUGACGUAAAGGCCGCUCGCACCAUCCUGAUAUCUCUUGGGAUCUUCAUCUGUUCGUACGUACCAGCAACUGUGUGCAUAAUUCUUCGCCAAAACCAAGUCGCCCCGAUACCUGACCAAGUGUUCUUCGUCGUCUCGUGCUCCUUAAAAAUUCAAUUAUUUCAUAAAACAAUUCAAUGGCAUAAACAUCUAUCUUCGUUCCUUCCCUCCUGUCUAUGUUUAUAUGUUCUUAUCUAUCUAUCUAUCUAUCUAUCUAUCUAUCUAUCUAUCUAUCUAUCUAUCUAUCUAUCUAUCUAUCUAUUGUUAUUUCUCUCUUUAUGUAUCCGUCUGCCUAUCUUAACGUCUGUUAAACUUUCUUUCUCUCUCUUUCUAUACAUCUACAUGUGUGCACAUGUGUUUUCACCAGCCUGA